AUGCCAGCCGUAUCUCAAGAACAGAAACGUCGUCAACGUAUUGAAGAUGAAUUCAAAUACCUCUUACAAUCAGCAUGGACCCGUCCAGUUGCUUGCCAGAACGAGUGCCAGCCUCCACACAAGUGCAGUUGCCGGCGCAAAAUUGUACACGUGUAUGCGCUCGAAAGAUGGUGGAUCGAGCACCACCCAGAGAGCCCCGAACAGACCAGAGGGCAUCGAUUUUUGGAUGAAACGCCUCCAGCGCCUCAUCGAACCUUCCAGGUCAGGUAUCAGAAUAUCUUUACUGGCGACCAGUCCUGCCGCCGUGUCCUUAGCUUGCUUCUCGAACAAGGCUAUCACCAUCUCAUUGACCGUUUCUACCGCGCAGAUGUUAACGACAGAUACCUUAUGCGCAGCCAAGACGAUCAAAAUCUCCGCGAAAGCUUACUUGAAGUUCAUUCACGAAAGGAAGUCGAUCGUAUCAUCCAAGAUUUUCACAGAGACAAAUGGGCAUACUGCCCGUUGAACUUGACCUUGGACAUGGACGUCAAUCUUCAUGGAACGAAGGUCAUACUGCCUUUCUGUGACAAGAUUAAGCUUCCAGAAAAGGGUGGAACUGCUUCAAUAUACUGGGUGGCCGUGCAAAAAGAUCUAAUUACAGAUACCGCCCUAACAGAUGCUCUACAAAAGUCACUUUACAAAGACGACGAGUUCGGAGAGGUAAGCUUCCCAGUCAGAACACCGUUAAGGCAUAUACUAAACGAUACUUAG